GACAAUUGGGGAAGUAGAUAGGCUAUGAUACGAUUUCAUGAGAAUUGUAUGGAAUGUUGCACUUGCCUGAUUUGCGUUUCCUCCACAUUAAAUCUGUCAUUACCCUCUUUUGUACUAGCAACAAACAAAGUUCGUACGGAGAGUGAAGUAAAAGACAAAGUAUUGUUCGAAUAUUAUCAUUUUACGUUUUCACUUAUUGAGUGGUUGGCUUGGAUGUUCUGAUUAGAGUAACGUGAUUAACGUCGUGUUUGACUAAUGUUUGUAAGUGAUCGGUAGCGUUGUUUUCAUCAACUGCCAAAAAUAUACGUGAUUUGAAGAUGAUGCCACCGUGCCCUACAAACUACAGCGUCCGUGUUUACUCAUGAUGGUAUAUUUUUUAGUGUUACACCUUAAUCUCCGACAGUUGUGUCCGGAGGACCUUCUUUCUCGGUUACAGUACAAUCGCAAAGCAACCCACACACAUCGAAUUUUGCCACCGAAUACAACCUUAAAUAAAUAUUUGACCAAAACUAUCCCCACAAAAGUAAUAUUUUAACUACUUUUUACAUCAUACUCUGUAGCAGCGUAGACAAACAGCUCUAAACCACUAUAACAAUUUAAUGUGGUGCAGUAAAUUGUAUUUAUUUGUGUUUUCGUCGUUCUCCAAAAAGUGUGGAAAAUGAAAAUUUUUCUCAUUUAAUCAUCUGUUCCUGUAAUUGCCAUUCUUCUGUAAUGUGCUACUAGGCACGUGAAAUUAAACUAUUUAUUUAUUUGUCAUCAGGACAUUCUGCACAGAAAAACUAGCUGAAAUGUUAUUUUGAAUGUUUAAGUACAUGAUAUUUCCAGUUUUAAGUAUAUUUCUGACUGAAAUGAAACAAAUAAAAAAAGAAAACUAUUAAAGAUGUACAUAACAAAUGCUGAUUACUUGCCAAUUUACCUGCCUGACACAUGUAUGUGUGAAUAAUGUAUUUCUCUGUGUGAAUAAUUGAUGUCUUUCUUAAUAUUACAGAAGUACUAGAUACCUGCAUUUUAAGUUUUGUCACUAAAGACUUUUUAUUGUGAGGCCAUUGCACUGAACAAUUGUUUCAGUGAGAUAUAGCACAGUUUUCUGAUUGAGAGCAUGUUACAGUAGAAUGAACUCAACCAUUACAAGAAGAGAUCAACAGAACUUGUACUCAGAUAAUGGGGCCAUAAUUAUACCAAGUGUUAAUGGACAUUGCCUGCAAGCCAGGUGUAAUAUGUGUCUACAAAGAUCUCUACCUGCUGAACUGGAAAUCAGAAAGUUGCCUCCUCAAGCUUUAUUUCGUCUUGUUCAGAUACUCGAAUAUGGCGAAGCAUGGAAGCAGCUCAUGGCCAUUAUUCCUAAAACUGGAUCUGAUCCAUCUGAGAUGAAAUACAAAGUGGAACAUGUAAAACUGAUUGAACAUCAUGCAAAUAUGCAGAAGCGACCUUGUGCAGAAAUCUUUUUGGAGGAGUGGAGCACUAGUGGAAGGAUUAGACCAAAUUUAGCAUUCCUGCUAGAACUUUUGGUUAAAGCUGAACUGUACAGAGCUGCAGAAUUUGUCGCUGGUGAUUUAUUGAAAGACAAACUGCCUGAAAGACCAGAGUCUGGGCCUGCUGCUGCUGUUGAUUUGUCCGAUGAAGCUUUGCAGAAACUUCUCCAAUCAAAAAACCAUGUUAAACCUCCGGCUGAUGUCAAUGGUUUGAUUGAUUCAUUGCCUAAGCCAUUGGAACAGUUGACAUUGUUUGAUGGAGCUCAAGAGUCUGUUACUCCUGGAGGCUCUGGUAAUGUACACAUGAAUAAUACUGAGAGAGGACAUGUUGGUGUAAAUGAAAGCAAUGAAACUAUAAAUGAAAUGCCAACAAGGAGAGUGGAUAGUAUUGAUGCACCUGCGAUCAGUAAUGAAAGAAAUGAGUACAGAACUGAUUCACCUUCAGAUGUGCAUCCUAAUAUAAGUACAUCAGUGCCAAAUUUUCCAUAUUCAUUGUUGGAUGAUAUUACUAACCAUUUCUCUGAAACGCCUGUGGUAGCAGGGCAGGAUUUAAGAAGUGGUCGAAAGUUGGGCACUGGAGCAUUUGGUUCUGUUUAUCUUGGAAUUUUACCAACACAGAAAGUUGCUGUUAAAAGAUUAAAGAGAGAUGCUAUAAAUGUUGAGAAGCAGUUCCAAAAUGAAAUACAUACACUUUCAAGGUUUAGACAUGAGAACUUAUUACCUUUGGUGGGUUAUUCAUGUGAUGGCCCCAAUUACUGUUUGGUGUAUGAGUAUAUGAGUAAUGGAUCACUGCAAGAAAGGCUAGCUUGCCAGGGCUCAACUCCUGUACUGAACUGGCAAACAAGAUUGGACAUCGCUCUUGGUACAUCAAGAGGAAUCUUGUAUCUGCAUACUGCAUUUGAGAAGCCUCUGGUUCACAGGGAUAUAAAAAGUGCAAAUAUUUUGCUGAACGACAGUUUGCAAGCCAAAUUAGGUGAUUUUGGACUUGUCCAUCUGGGUGCAGGUUCACAACAGACUCAGAGUGCUCUUCUGACUAGUACAGUAUUUGGCACAUCAGCAUAUAUGGCACCAGAAGCUUUUAGAGGAGAUGUGUCAGUCAAAUUAGAUGCCUUCAGUUUUGGUGUGGUGUUACUGGAACUUCUGACAAGCCUGUCACCCUAUGAUGAAAACAGAGAAGGUUGUGACUUGGUAACACAUGUUGAUGACAUUUGUGAAGGAUCCAUUGAACCACUUCUUGAUACCAAGGCUGGCAGUUGGACAGCAGAAAAUGGACAGAAGAUAUGUGAAGAACUUUAUGUUAUUGCCAUUAAAUGCCUGGAAGAAAAAAGAUUGAGGCCAAGUAUGGAUUAUAUAGUGAAUACACUAGAGAAUAUUGCUGAAAAAUGUGGUUUUUUGUAGAGACAAAUUGUAUAUAUUGAUUAAAUUUUAUUUUCAAAAUGUGCAGCUGAA